AUGCUGUCCUUUCGAUUUGGCCCUUGUUCGCUUCAAUACAGUGACAUUCGCUUCUUCCUAAAACGAGGUUUAUCCCCUUUCGCCCAAUCCCAAGCCUUUUGGUUCCUAGACUACUCGACUAGGUCCAAAGCCAUUGUGUCUAGAGUCGUCAGCCUCAAGCGCGACUCGUUCGAUCGCGAAACGAAGUUCCGAUACUCUUCGACAAGCGUCUCGCUGUUCUCGCUGAGAACUGUUCCGCUACAAUGCAGAAGCCGGUCAUCUGUAAGCCGUUCUCACGGCUUGCGAAUCACGUGCAACGCGGCUUCGCCAGGCGCGCAGCCCGCGGAAGACCCGUACCAGGUGCUGGGCGUGCGGCCUCUCGACUCAUUCGACGCCAUCAAGAUGGCGCACAGGAAGAAGCUGCGGGACGCGGAGGGCAAGGGGGACGAGGCGGAAAUAGAGCGGAUCGACAGGGCGUACGAUGCCAUAAUGAUGCGCCAGCUCACCAUGCGCAAGCAGGGCGUCACGUUCGGUUCCCUCGAGGUCUCAAAAGACAUCAAGUUUGCCGACCAGACGGAUUUUCUCCCGUGGCGGCCGCGCUAUGAGAAGGCUGACAACAAGAGCAUCCUCAUCAACGCUGCUGUCUCUGCCGUCAUGGCGGUGUGGAUGGUGGGGGCACAGAGCACGGACUGGAAGAUCCUGCAGUUCCUCCUCUCCUUCUACAUCUUCCAGCUCUUCAUGAAGCUCGACCCGUUCUACCCGCAAAACACUGAGGAGGGGGAGAAGAGAUGGCAGAGGAACGGGCGACGACUCACACGGGCGAUGGGCCUCGUUUUUGGCGUCAUUGCUCUUGCCUCUUUGGUUCACACGCUCGUAAUCAAGGCCUAUUCCCUUGCUGGGAUGUAUGUUCCACGAGCGCUUUACACCUUUCAGGAAACUCGCAGCUCCCUUUACCCCAACGCGGCGGAAAGACUUCACGCCACACACAACCUCCCGCAAGGGGCCUCCCUCUCUGCGCUGCGGCAAUUUCUAGGUGCGCUCUGGGCUGCUGAAAGCCCGCGCUUUUCCCCAAAGGCCCCGCCCUGCUGCGGGAGAGCUGGAGGCAUUCUUCCGCUCCUGCUUCCGCGCGCGGUUGGUGUGAUCUGCUGCUGCGCGCACCCUCCACUAUCUUCCGCUUCCAUUUUCCCUAACUACUUAUGGCGGAGCGACCCUAUUUCUCCUAAUUUUGGCGGAUCUGUUGCUCCGUACCUAAUUAGACCUCGGCUCGUGCCUUUAGCACUCUAUUUUCCUUCUUCUACAUUAGUUAGGGAGGGGAACCAUGGCGGAGGCAUCAGAGCGCGCACCGGGGAACCCAUGGCUGCACGCGCCUCGACCACCUCCCCGACGCGCGACGGCGCGCAAGAGCCACGUGUCACAUGCGAGGCGAUAGAAUCAUGCCUCAAGCUCUCUAAAGACCAAGCGCGGCUCGUUCUAGACACGCUAGCGUCCGUUCUCCCCACCGGCAGCGAAGACAUUGACUCGCUGUCCGACGCGUCGCCGUCAGAUGCGGCGAAGAUCGGAACGGACGUGGACCUGCUGCUGCUCUUCCUCUUCCUCCAGCGGUAUCGCCGCGUUCCCAACCGCUCGUCUCGCGACGCUGCUGUGCUGGCGGAUGUGUGGCCGCAGGGGCCGUCGCCGUUCGACUCUGUGUCCCCCACCGCGACCUCCGCCCUCCAGAUAAAGACAAGCCUGGCUACCCGGCAGCGGUUCCAAACGGGGCAUGCAGAGGAGGAGCAGCAGCAGCUGUCGUUUCUGCAGAAGAACCUUCCUGCCAUUCUGCAGCUGCUGGCGGAACAUGGUUCUGACGCUGCUGGUGGUAGCGGCGACGGCACGGAACCUGGCACACAGGUCAUCUCUAUCGACAAGUUCGAGUUGCUCGGUCUCUUUCUUCGGGUCAAUCGACCCGGAGUCCCCUCCCUCCUCCUCUCCCAAGUCGCCCCUUUCUUUGCCGAAGCUGACGCCGCCAUGCCUCCCGCGCCCGUACCUCUCUCCGUGGCUCAAGACUGGCUCGGCCCGAGGCUCUGCUGCACGUCCGACCACGGCCCGGACCUAAGGCCGCAGUCCCCCUCCCGCCCCGCCAAGGUCCCCGCGGAUAGGGGCGGAGAUUCCGCCGCGUCCCCCACCAAAAGCGGAGACACACCCAUGGGGGAAGGGGGAGCAGCGGGGGGGAGCGGGGGAGGCGCAGGGGGGGAGGUUCAGAUAUCGCCUAGAGGGGCCGCGGCCAAUGGGGCGAUGACAGGUGGCGUGCUGUCGCGGCGUGUGUGGGCGGCGGCAGGAAUGACGACCGUUGAUGGGGUUGCAAAAAUGUCGGUGCUCAAGGGGGAAACGGAGGUGGACAGCAGCUGCGUGCGGGUGGCGCACUGUCACGACAGUGUGAUCUACGUGCUCGCUCCGCUCAAGUACGCCUCCGUUAUUGGCUGCUCCGAUUCCAUUGUGGUGCUGGGCGCUGUGGGAAAGGUGGUGCGGGUCGAAGCCUGUGAGCGACUCACCCUCAUCGCCCCGUGUGCGCGCAUCCGCAUAGCCAACUGCCGCGAGUGCGUGUUCUACCUCGGCUGCAACUCCCGCCCCGUCAUUCUCGGCGACAACCACUCACUGCAGAUCGCCCCCUACAACACCUUCUACCCCCGUCUCGAUUACCACCUGGCAAAGGUCGGGGUGGACCCUGCUGUGAACAAGUGGGACAUGCCGUUAGCGCUGGGAUCGCUAGAUGCAGCUGCUGCUGCUGGUGCUGCCGGUGCUGGUACUGCUGCUGGUGCUGCUGGUGGGACGGGUGGAGGGGAGGCGGAGGGGGAGAAGGAGGGAGGGGCGGCUGCGGCGCUUGAUUCGGCGAUUCUGAUGCCACCUGAAAAGUUUGUGCCCUUUGUGGUCCCAUUUCGGACGCAGCAGGAGCAGCCGGGAGGAGGGGGCGCCAGUCCGCUGCUGCAGCAGGCCACGCGGGCGAAUCCCUUUGCCCUGCCCAAGACGUACCUCAUUGCUCUGCAGCACAAGACCAAGACGGUGGAGAGUCUUCGUCAAACCCUCAAGACAGCAGUGCUGGACGAGGGGCGGAAGAGGGAGCUGACCAACGUCAUUCAGGCACACUUCAAAGAGUGGCUCCUCACAUCGGGCAACAUUCGGCAGGUGUACGAUCUCGCACGCCUUGACAGGGACCCUUAG